AUGGUGAGAAACCAUAUUUCACAGUAUCAUCUGUCAUUCAUAGCUCUAAUUGAAACCAAAAUUAAGGAAUCAUUACUGGAUGCCACUGCAAAAAAGAUUGCAAAAAAUUGGAAAUGGUUGUCAACUGUAAGAGGAUCUGAGAAAGCUAGAAUUCUUAUCCUUUGGGAUCAGAAUUUUUUUGACAUUCAGGUGAUCAAAAUUUCAGAUCAGCAUAUUACUUGCUAUAUGAAAUCAUUGGAUGGUAGACUUAGCUGCAUUGCUUCAACAGUCUAUUGUUUUAACAGAGAGGAAGCUAGAAAAGAGCUAUGGGAAGAUCUUAAACAGAUAUCCCAAAAAAUUAGGAAUGUUCCUUGGAUAAUAUGUGGAGAUUUUAAUUGCUUACUGAGCAAUGAAGAAAAGCUUGGUGGUAUAAAUCUAACAGAGGCUGAUACAAAAGAUUUCAAGAAUUUUAUUGAGGAUUGCAAUCUCAGGCACUUAAAAACUCAGGGAUGUUUUUAUACUUGGAAUAACAAACAAGAUGCAAAUUCAAGGAUCUGGUGUAGGUUGGAUAGAGCUUUGAUAAAUGAUGCAUGGAUUGAUGAAUACAUUUCUAGUCAUGUGGAAUUCAUGCUCCCCAAUCUAUCUGAUCAUUCUCCAGCCAUUGUUUCUGUUUAUGAUGACUUGAAACAGGGAAAGAAGCCUUUCAAAUUCUUCAAAAUAUGGACCAAGCAUGAAAAUUACAUUCCCACUGUUUCAAAAAUCUGGCACACUCCUGUUCAAGGCUAUACUAUGUACUCAGUUUAUGCAAAGCUCAAAAUGUUGAAGAAGGAGUUAAUAGAUCUGAACAAGAAACAUUUUCAUAACAUUAGUGAGCAAGUGCAAAGAGCAAAAUUUGCUUUAGAAGAUGCUCAGAGAAUUCUACACUCUGACCCUCUCAAUUCUGAAUUUAUUGCUCAUGAGAAAAAAUGCAUCCUCACAUACAAUAAGCUCCUUGAUUGUGAACUGUCUUUUUAUAAGCAGAAGGCCAGGAUUAACUGGAAUAAUUUUGGCUCUCUACAAUAG